AACUCAAAAGCUUUAAUUCAAAUCUUAAAUUUGUAAAAAAUUGGAAAAAAGAAGUGCUAAUCUUGGUAGAAUUAGGUGUCUGUUAAUCACAAUUACUGAUAGUGUAUAUAGUAUUUGUCUGUUCUUCCAUUUUCCCUCCUACCACUUACAAGCAACGUGUCAGCAUUGCCAUAUUUCAAUUUCCACACCGAUGGCAGCUUCUACCUUUCUCUCUGCAUCAAGCAUGAACUCUCUCUGUAAACCCUAAGCUCACCUCUUUUGAUUUCACUGUCCACAAUGCUCUGUUCCAUUUCUACCCAGAAAUCGGCUGGUUCAAACUGGCUAGACCGGCUCCGAUCAUCAAAAGGCUUCUCCUUUGCCGACAACCGCAAUCUCGAACAAUUUCUCACUCACCAGACUCCUAAUGGAUCUGAUUCUCUUCCUUCCAGCACCGAAACUGAGAUAAGAGACAGUAAUAAUAAGGAUAAUACCGGUUCGGAAUCCAGCUCCGAUCCAAUUCGGCCCGUGAACGAAUCGGUUCUCCCUCGGGACCAAGCUCCGGCAGCAUCACAUAACAGUGGAGACAACGAAGAACUGUGUAGUGUAGUUACGAAUGUUCUCUCCGAUCUAUUUUGUAUGGGGGAGUCAACUAGUUUCCCUAAGUUGAGUGUGAAAAGGGGCUCUCGCAAACAGACGAACCCUAGGUUUUGUGCUUCAUCGGAAAUCAACGGUGAUGCGGUAGUCGAGGGUGGUCAGAGGAAAGAAGAAACUGAGUCGCUGGACAAAUGUCGGGUGGAAAUUAAGGAUUCUCAGGUCAAGCUAUUAGAGGAGGGCCAUAAUUUGAACUUAGCGGAAGAGGAGGACAAGUCCAACGCCAAUUUGAUGGGAUUUUCACGGACUGAAGUAAUGGUGAUAGAUACGAGCUGUGCACCGUGGAAAUUUGAGAAAUUGCUUUUCAGAAAGAAGAACGUUUGGAAAGUUCGUGAUAAAAAAAGUAAGACGCUGAAUUUGGGGAAGAAGAAGAGGAAAGUUGAUGUGACAAGUGAGGAUGCUCGUGGCGAGAAGAAACGGAAGUUUAUAAGCGGGCAUAACGGCUAUGCUGAAAAAGGGAGAGAAUGCAAGUCUUCAGUCAGUGAAAAGCUUCAGUUGGAUGAUAAAUUGGAAGGAACUUGUAAAAGAACAUCUGAUUCGUUUGGCCAGGCUUCCAAAAAGAAACAACGGUACUUAAAAUUGAAGAAGGCAUCUUCAUCAGUUGUUCUAAUCAAGAGCAUUCCAACAAGUAAGAAAAAUGGAGUAGGUUUUGCUAAGAAUUCUCUGAAGCCAUCUCAUCGAUAGUGUCAGGCUCAAUAAGCAACCAAACAUUGUUGUCUGAUUGCAAAUUCAUCUUACCUUGCCAUCUUUGGAAUAUUUAAGCAUGCCAGUUUCCAGAAACAAGUAGUCCAUUAUAUAAGAUGCUGAGCGGAGCAGGAAGAAUUGUAUAAAUACCACUCACUGUGCAGAGAAUUAUAAUUGUAACAAUUUUUUGUUGAUGUUUUUGCUUAUCAGGAUGCAAACAUUUAAGCUAUCAUUGCUCAAAGUCCGAAUACGUUCAAUCAAUUUUAUCAAAGAUAUAAUUUUUCUUGGA